AUGUUUCGCUUUACAUUCAAACAAGCGGCUAAAUUACCUUCUAUAAGAGGCAUUAAAACUAAAACUGAUCGACUUCUUGUUCAAACUGCUGUACCUGCUGUUGUUAGUGAUGAAGCUGGUCAUUUAAUGGGACUUUCUGAACUUGGUUUACGUUCUGCUGAUGGAAUUUUUGAUACUACUGAAAUGAAACAUCAACAUAGAAAUAUUAAUAAUAGAUCUGAUCUUAUAAAAGCUAAAAGAAUUGUUGUUAAACUUGGAAGUGCUGUAAUAACUCGUGAAGAUGAAAGUGGUUUAGCAUUAGGAAGAUUAGCUUCAAUUGUUGAACAAGUUGCUGAAUUACAAUUAUCUGGUAGACAAAUGUUAUUUGUAUCCUCCGGUGCUGUUGCUUUUGGUCGUCAAAAACUUAGACAUGAAUUAGUUAUGUCAAUGUCAAUGAGACAAACAUUACGUGGACCUGCAGGUAUUAAUGCUGAUAAAAGAGCUUGUGCUGCUUCUGGAAUGCCUGGUUUAAUGUCAUUAUAUGAACAACUUUUUCAACAAUAUGGUAUUACUGUUGCGCAAGUUUUAUUAACUAAACCAGAUAUUGAUGAUCCACAAAGAAGAAAAAAUCUUAGAGCAACUAUUGAAUCACUUCUUAAUCUUAAUAUUAUUCCAAUUAUUAAUGCUAAUGAUGCUGUAGCUCCUGAUCCAAAACUUAAUAUGCAUAUAAGUGAUAAUGAUUCACUUGCUUCUGCUCUUAGUUCUGAAAUUAGUGCUGAUCUUAUGAUUAUAUUGUCAAAUGUUAAUGGUGUUUAUACUGGACCACCAGAUAUGGAAGGUUCAAGAUUAUUAAGUACAUAUCAUCUUCAAGCAUCUGGUGAUGUUGUUUUUGGUGAAAAUUCUAAAUUUGGUACUGGUGGUAUGGAAGCAAAAGUAUCUGCUUGUGUUAACGCAAUGAAAAAUGGUGUAUCAACAAUAAUUACUAAUGGAAGUUUAAAUAAUGCUAUAACAUCUGCUGUUUAUGGUAAAAAAGUUGGAACAUUAUUUUGCCGUGGUGGAAACGAUGAAGGUCCACCAAUAGAAGAGGUUGCUUCUGUAACCAAAGAAAGUGGACGUGUUUUACAAGGAUUAUCUAAUGAAGAAAGAAGUGAACUUGUUAGAAAAUUAUCUGAUUCAUUAAUUGAAAAUGAAAAUCUUAUUCUUGAAGCUAAUAGACUUGAUAUUCAUAAUGCUCAACAAAAUGAAUUAGAACCAGCAUUAUUAAAUAGAUUAAGAUUAAAUCAUGCUAAGAUAGCUGAUCUUAAUGCUGGUUUAAAUAUGAUUGCUGAUUCAGCUAAAACACUUAUUGGAAAAGUUUUAAAAAGAACUGAAUUGACAAAUGGUCUUAUAUUAGAACAAAAAACAGUUCCAAUUGGUAGUUUAUUAGUUAUUUUUGAAUCACGUCCUGAUUGCCUUCCACAAGUUGCUGCUUUAGCUAUGGCUUCUGGUAAUUCAUUAUUAUUAAAAGGUGGAAAAGAAGCUGAUGAAUCUAAUCGUUUCCUUCAUUCAUUAGUUCAAGAUGUUCUUGGAAAACAUAGUUUUGAAUUACGUGAUGCUGUAACACUUAUCAGAUCAAGGGAAGAUGUUGCUGAUCUUUUACAAUUAAAUGAAUUUGUUGAUCUUGUUAUUCCACGUGGAUCAUCCGAAAUGGUUAGAAAAAUGCAAGAACAAAGUAAAGGUAUACCAGUUCUUGGACAUGCUGAAGGAAUUUGUCACAUUUAUGUUGACAAAGAAUGUGAUGAAAAUAUGGCAUUGAAUAUUGUUAAAGAUUCCAAAUGUGACUAUCCAGCUGCUUGUAAUGCUGUUGAAACAAUUCUUAUCCAUAGAGAUCAUAUUACUGGUAAACUAUUUGAUCAACUUUGUGGAAUGCUUAAAAGUGAAGGUGUAAAAUUACAUGCUGGACCAAAAUUACAAUCACUUCUCAAAUUUGGUCCACCAGCAGCAGAAUCACUUAAAUUUGAAUAUGGUAAAUUAGAAUGUACUCUUGAAGUUGUUGAUAGUUUAGAUGAAGCAAUAUCACAUAUUCAUAGAUAUGGUAGUGGUCAUACUGAUUCAAUUGUAACUAAUAAUGCUAAAACUGCAAAACAAUUUUUAAAUGGUGUUGAUUCUGCAUGUGCCUUUUUCAAUGCUUCAACACGUUUUGCUGAUGGAUAUAGAUUUGGAUUAGGUGCUGAAGUUGGUAUAAGUACAGGAAAAAUACAUGCACGAGGACCAGUUGGUGUUGAAGGAUUAUUAACAACAAAAUGGACAUUAUCAGGUAAUGGACAUACUGUUGGUGAUUUUAAAACAGGAAAAUAUUCUUAUACUCAUAAAUCUUUACCAAUAAACUAA